UAAUAGUGUUCUGUGGUGGGGGCGUCCCGCGUCAGUCGUCAUUGGUCGUCAUAUAUUGUGUCACACUCACAUAUUUAUCAUCUUGUAUAUUUUGGUGAUUGAUAAAGUGUUGAUUGGCGAAUAUAAUUUUAAUUCAAGGUUUUCUAGAUCAAAUUAUAAAUAUCUAACCAUAGGUAUUGUUAUGUAAAAGUUAGGCGUUGCACAUCAUUAUAACUCCAAGAUGGCUUUAACUGCAGAUAAGCUAAUAAAUGAAGAAAGGUUUUGUGGUGAUAAUCCAAUUCAGUUCCUGUUAUAUCUACCGUUUGGAUUGUUUUUGAUGUCAAUUAGAAUAGUAUUGGGAGUGAUACUAUGGAUGACCUCUUUUGUUCUUCCUGAUAAAUCUGCAGCAAGACAGCUAAUAUCAACUCUAGCCUGUUUAACAUUUGGGGUAUAUAUAAAAAGGAAAGGUAGCAGGGAUCCUAAAUGCAGUGUUCUUGUAGCUAACUAUGUGUCAUGUUUGGAUUCUUUGGCUGCUGCAAGAGCCCUGGGCACUAUCAGUUUAAGAAAAUGGAAGGUUCCACCAUUUUUUGCAUCAACACUGGGCAUAAAAAAUGUUUCUCUAUUUGCAAGAAAGCAACACUUUGCAGAGAGCCCCAACAAGCCAGUGCUGUUGCAGCCAGAAGGUGGACCCACAAAUGGGAAGGGAAUUCUCAAAUUUACUGACUGGCCAUUCUCCAUUGGAAACAGAGUACAGCCUGUUGCUAUUAGCGUGGAGCGUCCGUUCACGAACGUGACGGUCCACAAAGACGCGGACGCAGCGCGUCGGUUUCCGUGGCGGGACGUGGUGUGGUUCCUGUGUUCGCCGGUGUCCGUGCUCACGGUCACAGCACUACCUGCCAUGGAGCGCAACGACGAAUCCGACGCCACCUUCUCCGCCAGGCUGCGUCACACCAUUGCAGACGCUUUGAAGGUGGAAACAGUAGACCUCAGUUGGGAGGACCUUAGACUGGCGUGCCUACCACGCAGGGCCGGCAAUAGUGCCCCAGGAGCGGGACACAGCAGGGCAACGGGGAACACUAGCCCAGAGCUGGCGCGGAUGGCAGCCCGGGUCAAGGAAGUGUUACCGAAUGUACCCGUCAAUGAUAUCAUCAGGGAUCUUGCAAAAACUCGUAGUGUGGACGUAACAAUAACAAACUUCCUGGAAGGAUUCACUCAGUUCACACCAGAGCCUGCACCCAUCAUAGAACCCCAGCCCAGCACCUCCCAGUCACAGCCCAAGUACAUCACUCCUGUGCCGACGGGUGUCUUCCCAAAAACUGCCAAGGAACGUCAGAUGAGCUUCCAGGAGAGGAAGAUGCAGAUGAUUGCAGAAGCCAGGAAGAAAUAUAUUGAGAGGAAUGGCCUCAAUGUUGCGAUGAAUUGUUAAUAAAUCUGUGAUCUGUGAACGUACAAGGAGUAUUGAUUUGUAGAUUAGUUUGAGAACAGACAAGCGUCAUUUUGUGAGAUUUCUUGCAUUGAUAGCUUCGCGCCAUGUUUGAAUUAUUGAUAUUUUUAACAUGUGCCACUAAAAGCGAAAAAGACGAUUUAAUGCGACAACAGCUGUUUAAAUAUCUCUAUAUUAAAUAUGUAAAUACUCCAAUAUUAAUUCAAAUUAUACAUAAAUUGAUUGUAAAACAUUAAAUUAUAAUUCUGUUGUCUUAGAUUUUAACUAAAUCAUUUUAAUAUUAAAAUAAAAUUAAAAUUAAAA